UCGGUGUUUAUUUUGGAUGUAAAUUAUAUGUUUUAUUAGACGAGCAUGGCUUCGACUUUAAUGUCACCGGUGGUGGAUUAUUAUAACGAUGAAGAGGAGCUGGACAGCGUGGAUGAAGAUGAUCGCAGCUUCAGAGGGAGAGACUCAGAAGAAGACACUGAAGAUGCCAGUGAAACAGACCUGGCGAAGCACGAUGACAACGACUACGUAGAGCUGAAGGAACAAAUGUACCAGGACAAACUGGCAUCGCUGAAACGGCAGCUGCAACAACUCCAAGAAGGCACUCUGCAGGAGUAUCAGAAGAGGAUGAAGAAGCUGGAUCAGCAGUAUAAAGAACGACUGCGUAACGCAGAUCUCUUCCUCCAGCUCGAGACGGAGCAGGUGGAGAGGAACUACAUCAAGGAGAAGAAGGCGGCCGUGAAGGAGUUCGAUGACAAGAAGGUGGAGCUGAAGGAGAACCUGAUCGCCGAGCUGGAGGAGAAGAAGAAGAUGAUCGAGAACGAGAAAUUGACCAUGGAGCUGACCGGAGACUCCAUGGAGGUGAAGCCCAUCAUGACACGUAAGCUGAGGAGGAGACCCAACGACCCCGUCCCCAUCCCCGACAAGCGCAGGAAACCUGCUCCAGCUCAGCUGAACUAUUUACUCUCGGAGGAUCAAAUACUGGAGGACCUGAGGUCGCUAAACAAGCUAAAGUCACCAAAGAGACCAGCUUCCCCUUCCUCUCCGGAACACCUCCCUGUUGCACCCAUGGAAAGCCCGUCCCGCUACGAGGCUCGGAUAGAGGACGGGAAGCUCUACUACGAUAAACGAUGGUACCACAAGAGUCAGGCCAUCUAUCUGGAAUCGAAGGAAAACAACAAGAUCAGCUGUGUGAUCAGCUCAGUAGGAACCAGUGAGAUCUGGGUGAGGAAGACGAGCGACAGUACGAAGAUGAGGAUCUAUUUAGGACAGUUACAGCGAGGAGCCUUCAUCAUCAGGCGCCGCUCAGCCAUAUAGCCUCUCAUCCUCACUCCUCAUUCCUCUCUCUCUCUCUCUGUAUGGACCUGUUACGGAGGGUAAAAUCAGUCCGUGUUCCUCCGUGUUUUCGUUCCUUCUCCUCAGACUCCAUGAAAUUCUUCCUUCACGAUCACGUUUCGCGUCCGGAUCUCGUCCGCUGUCCUCACCAGGCCUGCUCGCUCACAUUUCAGCCUUCAUAUGGACGUCUCUUGUACAGAUUUGUGUACGACAGGGUUUGAAUAUUUUUGGAAUCGGUCAGAGCUGAUACGGCCGGGGCGGUCACUUCAUUUCUGGACGGGAGUGUAAAUAGCGGCGCACAGAUUAAGUCUAGACGUGGUCUGUAACGCAGGACCGGUGUUUUUUUAUGCUUGAAUGGGUUUUUGGUUCAGAUUUUGGCUUAAUCUGUGACAUCGAGCCAAUAAAGGAAGAAUCUGGUGAUGAGAUUACCUACAAUCGAUCAUCAGAAUUGUCUGUCGCCAUGGCGUUCGUCUCUUUCGUUUGUUUACAGUCCGUCUCUUUAAAUGACAUUAAUCUGUAUAUCUAUUUUUUAAUAAACGCUUCUACACAAACGUCACAUCUGCAGUAUAUUGAGGCGCUCGGGUCCCCAUCAGCCCUGGAAUCUGGGUUUGAAUCUCGGCGGCGGGUGCUGCCGGCCGGCCGGGCGCCUACACAGACAUGAUUGAGGUGUGUGUUCAUGCCUGGCGCCUAGUGUUUCCAGGUGGACCCGGACUCACCGCGACCCUGACCAGGUUGAUGCAGCUGAUGAAUACGGAAUGAAAUUUCACAUCCACUUUCACUCCUGACAGAAUUCAGUCAGAUCAGAUGAGGGUUGAGGGCCUUGCUCAGGGGCCCGACAGUGGCAGGUUGGCCGUGGCUGAGCUCAGUCGUCAACAGUCCAGCGUUUAGCUGUGGAACCGGAUCCGCCGUGACCCUGACCAGGAGGAUAAAGCGGCUGAUUGAAAUAAAAUGAACUACAGUAUAUUGAGGCGCUCGGGUCCCCAUCGACCCUGGGAUCUGGGUUUGGAUCUCGGCGGUGCUGCCGGCCGGUCGGGCGCCUACACAGACAUGAUUGGCUGUAGCUCAGAGAUGUGUGUGUGUCCUGCGCCCUGUUCGAAGUGUUCAUGCCUAGUGGAACCACACUCACUGUGACCCUGACCAGGUUAAUGCGGCUGGUGAAUUCAACAAAGCAGUCGAAGGUUAAGGCCCUCAUGGCAAAUUGGCCGUGGCUGAGCUUAGUCGUCACCAGUCCAGCGUUUAGCUGUGGGACCGGAUCCGCCGUGACCCUGACCAGGAGGAUAAAGCGACUGGAUGGAUGUUAGCGCUGGCGCGGCUGGUCGUGUGGGUGCUGCACAGCAACGAGGGUCCUGGAAGCCUGGGUUCGAGACUCUGCCAAGAGUCCUUUCAGCUUCUCCGGUUUCCUCCUACCUGCUAAUAACAUGCAAAAGGUGGAUUGGCUGCUCUGACAGAGAACCGAGACCCUGACCAGUGUUAAUUAAGCAGUCUGUUCAUUUCAGUCCUUCUGGAAAACAAUAUUCAGUGCAGUGGCACAGCGGGUAGUGUUGAUGCUGUACAGCUCCCAGGUCAUUGGUUCGAUCCCAGCCUCUGGCUAGUGUCUAUUAUUUCUACAGGUAUUCCAGUAGGUGGAUUGUAUAAUCUGAACUCCGCCUUGGUUUGUGUAUAUGUCAAUAAAGUAUGGAACAUGUGAACAUA